ACGCGGAAGUGUGUCGCAGUUUAGUGUUGUUGUUUUGCUCUGCCGUUUUCUCUCAGUUUUUUAUUGACAAUAAAUGAUACAAAUUCGUCGGAUAUGGUGCGAGACGGGUUGUCAAUCGAGUAGACUGCAUAUUCAGUCGACUCGCUGCUGGUGAUGUGAGCUGAAGUCUUGUAGCACUCCCAUUAGGCCCCAGCCAGCCCUGUGAGAGAUGGAGGAACUCUACACGUUAGAGAGGGAGGUCGGACGAGGCAGCUAUGGUGUGGUCUUUGAGGGUCAUAUGGCCAAAACAGGACAGAGGGUGGCUAUCAAGCGGCUGCCCUGCAGCAACCCGGAGUGCAUUGAGCUCUACCUGCAAGAGCUGUGGGCCAUGAGAGCCACUGCCAAGAACCAUGUCAAUGUCAUUGCACUCCACAGCUGCCUCCUGCAGACUGGGCCGAGAAGCCUGAAGCCCUUAAAACCAGGGAAACUACCCCCACGUCUAGUUGAGACCGUGCUGAAGGGCAGUGUAGUGGGAGCACAACAAAGUCAGGAAAGGACCAACACCCAGCAGGCCAGGCAUAAGCCUCAGGACAAGACUAUAUCAUCUGAUUCUACAACCCCACAAAGGCCUAAAAACAGAGCCAAGAAGAGGCCGGCCCAGAGGGAGGAAGAGCAGCCUCUUCGCUGCUUGGCCCUGUGGCUCGUGAUGGAGUACUGUGAUGGGGGCGACUUGAACCAGUACCUGCUCUCCAGGCCACCAGACUCCCAGGUGAACCACAGUGUGGUGCGACAGCUCUGCAGCGCCGUGGCCUUCCUGCAUGAUCUGGGUAUCACCCACCGAGACCUGAAGCCUGACAAUGUGCUGGUCUGUGUGACACCAAGAGGCCCCGUUGUCAAGGUGGCAGACUUUGGUCUGAGCAAGAUGAGCGAAGGUCUGGUGGACGGUGAGCCAACCAGGCAGCACUUCUCCUCCACCUGUGGCUCUGACUUCUACAUGGCUCCGGAGGUGUGGGGUGGAAUGACCUACACGGCCCAGGCGGACAUCUUCUCCCUUGGCGUGAUGUUCUGGGCCGUCCUGGAGAGAAUCACCUUCCUGGAAGAAGGGGCCACGCAGGAACAACUGGGCGCCUACGUGUGCAAGGGUCGCUGGUUGAUGCCGCUGGGGGAAGCUUUGUGGGAGAACGCCGACCUCCAGUUGUGGAUCCCCACGAAGUUUAAGAGAGCGCCCCCGCUGCCACCCCCUCCCGGUCCGGCCGUGUGCACCCUGCUUUUAGACAUGCUCGCCUCAAACCCGGACGCUCGCCCCCCGGCGGACCAGCUGGAGGCCAGAGUACGCUCUGCUCUGAAAGAGGACUCCCACUGACAAAGUGCACUUAAUGGCUAUAACCACCAUCGGCGCUACAUGGAAAUAUUGACGGUGGACCCCCCUGACUGCAGUGCUUCCUACACGUGUAAGCAAUAGCCACUUUACUGCCGCAGGGAAGAAAUAUGUAUGAUUAUGUGGGAUUGCAGGUGCUUUUCUUGGCACUGAAACAGAAGCUCAAUUUCUAAACUGUGAGCCACAUAAAGGGAAAAACACAAAACGAGUCCAUGUAGAGAUCUAGUCGGACUCACUCAAGCUCUGUUUGAUGUAGGAGCCACGCUGUUGCGAGACUUUGAACGCUUGACAUAGAAAAUCAAUUUUUAAUGUGUACAUAUGACUGAAAUGAAAUGCAAGGGAUUAUUGCUGCUGCUGCUUUUUGUGUAAGCUUCUUUUCGGGUGUUCAUUUUUACUGGAUUUGUGGCCAUUGAGGUUUUUACGUUGUGACGGCCUAAGGGUCUCUUCCAGGGCCUCUUCCAGGACCUCUUCCAGGGCCUCUUCCAGGACCUCUUCCAGGACCUCUUCCAGGACCUCUUCCAGGACCUCUUCCAGGACCUCUUCCAAGGCCUCUUCCAGGGCUGGUGUACUGUUUGGUGCUGUGCUGUGCCUGUGUGUUGCAGUGUUCCUGGUCCCUGGCUGGUUUGAGUUGGAGGUAAAGGUGGAUCAGGUGAUUGGAGAUGGCCGGCCACGGUUUCUCUGGUCUAUAAGACCCGCCCCCAUCCUCAGAGUCCACGGACUUCAUUCCCCUGGCACCAUCGGGUGCCGUCAGCGAUCGCUUUUGUUGUGUAGUUUGCUUUAACAUUUUUUUAAUUAAUCAUGGUGGCCUGUUUUUCUGUCGGCUUAAUUUGUUACGAUUCAUAUUUUGUGUUAUCUUUGUUAACUUGAUCAAACUUUUGUUAAAGGUCCCAUAUUGUAAAAAGUGAGAUUUUAUAUUAUAAAGCAGGUUUAAGUGCUUUAUAAAUACUGUUAAACUAUCAAAAACGCUCAAUAUACGUAGAAAUACACAGCCCGUAUUCAGA